GCCGCCAUUUUGGGGUGUUCUGCUCUAGCGGCGGCGGCGGCGGGACGCGGAGGCUCCCCCGGGACUUGGCCUCAGCAACGAGGCGGCGGCUGCGGAGGCGCAGGCAGCAGCUGACGCGGCGGCGGGCUCAGGAGCAGCCGCUGAGUGAAGACCUAGUCCAGAGAGGGAGGUGUAAAGCUACAGGAAGCUAAAGCUGAGUGUAUUUGUGGCUGAGACAAGUGCAUCAAGUUAAUAUCAUUGGCCUCUGAAGGGGACAGUGAGGUGAUGGCCGCGUUUAAGUUGGAUUUCCUUCCAGAAAUGAUGGUGGAGCAUUGCUCUUUGAAUUCCAGUCCUGUCUCAAAGAAGAUGAACGGCACCCUGGACCACCCAGACCAACCGGAUCUUGAUGCUAUCAAGAUGUUUGUGGGCCAGGUUCCUAGAACCUGGUCUGAGAAGGACUUGAGGGAACUCUUUGAACAGUAUGGUGCUGUCUAUGAAAUCAAUGUCUUAAGGGAUAGGAGCCAAAACCCUCCUCAGAGCAAAGGGUGCUGUUUUGUUACAUUUUACACUCGUAAAGCUGCAUUAGAAGCACAGAAUGCUCUUCACAACAUGAAAGUCCUCCCUGGGAUGCAUCAUCCUAUACAGAUGAAACCUGCUGACAGCGAGAAGAACAAUGCAGUGGAAGACAGGAAGCUGUUUAUUGGUAUGAUUUCCAAGAAGUGCACUGAAAAUGACAUCCGAGUCAUGUUCUCUUCAUUUGGACAGAUUGAAGAGUGCCGGAUAUUGCGGGGACCUGAUGGCCUGAGCCGAGGUUGUGCAUUUGUGACUUUUACAACAAGAGCCAUGGCACAGACAGCUAUCAAGGCCAUGCACCAAGCACAGACCAUGGAGGGCUGCUCAUCCCCCAUGGUGGUGAAGUUUGCUGAUACACAGAAGGACAAAGAGCAGAAGAGAAUGGCCCAGCAGCUCCAGCAGCAGAUGCAGCAGAUCAGUGCAGCGUCUGUGUGGGGGAACCUUGCUGGGCUGAACACUCUCGGACCCCAAUACUUAGCACUUUAUUUGCAGCUCCUUCAGCAGACUGCCUCCUCUGGGAACCUCAACACCCUGAGCAGCCUCCACCCAAUGGGAGGCCUCAAUGCGAUGCAGUUACAGAAUUUGGCUGCAUUGGCUGCUGCAGCCAGUGCAGCUCAGAAUACACCCAGUGGUACCAAUGCUCUCACCACAUCCAGCAGUCCCCUCAGCGUCCUUACCAGUUCAGCAGGGUCCUCACCCAGCUCCAGCAGCAGUAAUUCUGUCAACCCCAUAGCCUCACUUGGAGCCCUGCAGACACUCGCUGGAGCAACGGCUGGCCUCAAUGUUGGCUCUUUGGCAGGGAUGGCUGCUCUAAAUGGUGGCCUGGGCAGCAGUGGCCUUUCAAACGGCACUGGGAGCACCAUGGAGGCCCUCACUCAGGCCUACUCUGGUAUCCAGCAGUAUGCUGCCGCCGCUCUCCCCACCCUGUACAACCAGAACCUGUUGACACAGCAGAGUAUUGGUGCUGCUGGCAGCCAGAAGGAAGGUCCAGAGGGAGCCAACCUAUUCAUCUACCACCUCCCCCAGGAGUUUGGAGAUCAGGACUUGCUGCAGAUGUUUAUGCCCUUCGGGAACGUCGUGUCUGCCAAGGUUUUUAUAGAUAAGCAGACAAACCUGAGCAAGUGUUUUGGUUUCGUAAGUUACGACAAUCCUGUUUCGGCUCAAGCUGCCAUCCAGUCCAUGAAUGGCUUUCAGAUUGGCAUGAAGCGGCUCAAAGUGCAACUCAAGCGUUCAAAGAAUGACAGCAAACCCUACUGAGUACUCCCCUCUGAGACUGGAGUGAGAGGGUCUUCUGAUUCCUGCCGUUUGUUCAUCGUUGUGCCUAAAGCAUGUCGAUGUGGCGUCAAGUACAUCGUCCAAAUCCCUGUCUCUUCAGCUUCUCUGAUGCUUGAACUCUCACCUUUGACCUUGUGUUGACCUUUGAUGCUGACGUGUAUUUUUAUUAUGUUUGUUUCUUUCUUUGUUUUUUCUUUUUUCUUUCCUUUUUUUUCUUUUCCUUUUUGUGCUGCCAAAAUUGGUUUUGCUAGAACGACUGCUGAAGGGGAAAUAUUUAAACUUGCAUUUGAAUAUAAAAAAAAUCUAUUUUUCUAGAACUUCAUAAGAUAACCACUUGAUUUUGUGAUUCCAAUUCUUUGUAAUUGUCUUCAGAGCAGCCCUACUAGCACAUACCGCGUGGUGUUUGUGUUUCUGUGAACACACAGCCAGUCCGUUUCUAGGCUUUGUUUCUGUGUGCUUAGUUUUAAAGACAACUUUGAAGUAAACAAUAAAGGAUGUCACUAAAACCUUUGAGGCUCCUGAGCACAUUUUGCUGAUACAGUUUGUGGGGCUUGAGGAGACCGCAUGUGUUGUUAUUUUUGUUUUUCUGAGUUCUCCACUGCAGAACACACCUGGACCCUCCUCUCCGACAGCAGGCUGCAGUUUGGGCCCCAGCCCUCCCUUUUCACUUCUUCUGUGGUCUUCCUUGGGGUGGCCCAGCCAGGCAGCCCCAGCUCACCUCAUGCUUGUCCUGCAGUCUCCGCAGCAAAAUGUGAUGUUUUGAUCUUUUUGGUUUUGGUUUUGUAUUGCUUUUAUGUUUUAAUUUUGAAUAUUUUUCCCACUAAGAUUAUGCUCAGAAAAAACAAAUUUUGCAUGUUUCCUGCUAUUUCUUCACACCUUCGUAUAUAUCACCUUCACCUCUCUGUUUUCUAUAGUUUGUGCAAAAACUGACCGAUUUAAAAGGGUUUCAAAGAAGCUGUUUUAAAUUGUUGUGGGGUUAUUUUUUUCAAGAUUGUACUGUUUAUUUUGAAGUGGCAACUUUCUCCUCAACUGCCUGUAGAGCGUGUCCUGUGCACUUAGACUGUCACCCUGAGUGGCAUCACGUUUCAGUAGGGCACCUGGGACCUGGGUCACUGUGGAGGGGAGCUGAAGGGAGGGACUUAGACAGGCAGGGAAGCAGAGACGGCGAAGCUAAGGGGCACAGGAGGCCAGCGCCCAGUGGGGAGGGCACUCUAGCACUGAAUGGCAGCAGCCUGCCUCAGCUUUCCUAGGUGACAAGCACAAUACCCAUCUUCACACUGUUUACACCCUGAGCGCCACCCGCCCCAGCCAGCUCUUCCCCAGCUCUGCUCUGCUUGGUGGCUGGGGUAGGGGUCAGGCAAGGAUUGUUUUCUUAAUUGGGUAAAGAGCUACAUGGCUGCUGACCCUGGGUUCCAGGCCAGCCAGUACUUAGGCUCCCUAAGGGGGAACUUGCCCUCUUCUCUUGUGACUCCGUCCAGCCUCGGGGUCUUGGUUCUUGAGGAAGAAUGUGAAUGGAGAGGGAGAGCCCAGAGGAGAGUAGAAGAGAGGACAGCAUGGGUCUGAGGAGUAGGAGGGAGCUGGAGAGGAGUUGAUGGCAGGUCCUCCACGCUAAGCACUGGGAACAGGACCAUGAGGGGUAGGUGUGAGGGACAGGGUGGGUGCAGAAGCAUGGUCAGUGCGUGCUUGCUGAGGGCAAGAGGUCCCAGCCAGCUGCCUGGGCCAUGCUGGAGGUCACUCUACUGGCAGGAGGGGCAGCUUCGAGGACCCAGCGUCCAGCAAGGGAGGUGGGUGGGCAAGCCAGGCCCAGCCCAGAGCCCGCGCCCACAGUCUGACUGCACAGAGCCGCCUCGUAGGGGCACCAAGCCUGCCCUUCUGGGACUGAGAAACUUUGCCAAUGUAUUUUGCUUUCAAUUCCAAGAGGAGCUCUGGGAAAACCUGUGGAUAAAACCAAAUGCCAAACGUUGGACAUUGUUUCCUUUUCCUUUCUGAUUGUUUUAAUUGUUCUGUGGUGGUUUUAAUGGAUUUGAGACCCUGGAGCGGCAGCUGUCUUUCUGAUUUCCAGCUGCUUUUUGUGAAUAAUUUAAAAAGAAAAAAAAAAAAAGAAACUUUACAUUUUGGAGACAAACCUGUGUGAGUUUUUUAUUGGUACAAACGUAUUUAACACUAGGGGUUUUGUACAGUUUUUUGCCUUUUCUACUAGAAAACAAUGUAAAGUGAUUUCACAAUGUGAAGAGAAAAAAAAAAAAAUGCCACUAUGACCAAACGCACAGUCUGUUCUGCAGCAGCAAUGGGAUUCAAUCAACUCAAGUCGUGAUUUAGCCGUAGAAAUGCUUUUCCUUGACCUUGUUUGAGCUUUUCUUUCUUUCCUGUUUUGAUUUGCAAAAGAAAAUGUCUUUUUUGUGUGAAGUUGUGUUGUACUCUGUAGAAAAUUAUGGAUUUUACUUUAAUGGUUUUUAAAAAGGUAAGAAGAGUCUUUGUCACUUUUCUCACCCAAUCAGAGUUUGUGUAGUGGAUUAAAAAAGAAAAAUUGUUACAAGUUUGGAGCAAGGGAGUAUGUGUUUCAAAGGACUCGCCUUUUUUUGUGUGUUUUUCCUUUUAUCCCAAUGGGAAACCUGAAUCUGUUUUAAUUGCACAGACACACGGACAAAAAGUCAUUUUGUAUCUGCCAAGUGUGGUACCUUCUUUGUUUAUUUGCUAUUAAACUGUUUGAGAAGAACA